UAGAAGUGGCGUUGUCUCUAUGGCUGCGGACGACGCGGAGGUAAUCGUGUUGCUAACAAGAACUAGCACAGUGCUUCGUUCCCAUGGACUAUUAGUUAUUAUAAUGUCGAGUAUUACAGCCAAUUGCAAGUGGGGCAAUUGCUAUUUAGUCUGAAGCAGGAGUAUUUUUUUUAUCGUUUAUCGUUACGGUACGUGGUUUUAAUUAGCUAGUUAGCUACAUUGCCAGCCCGUGGGACCGCUAGCUCUUUAAUUUAUUUAACGUCACCUUAGACCAACACCACAAUAGAAGGUAACGCUAGCUCGAUGUAUCGGAAAGAGAAGAGCAUCCAGAUCAAGAACAGCGCCUCGGCGCUGUACAACAACCUCGGCGUGCUGCGCAUCGCCCCCCGGCGCCUCACCUGCUUCACGGCGGUCCACGCUAACGUGGUCAACAUGGUGAGCGCGUCCUGGGACGGCCUCAACUACUCCCACCGUCAGCUGCAGUCCAAGGAGCCCAACGUCGCCACCAGCACGUCCCUCAUCAUGCAGGCUGCUUUUUGUGCUCUGCCCUCUCGGGAUCUGCUGGUGGUGACCUCUCAGAAAGGCAUCCAGAUGUAUGAAUCUGAUGGCUCCAUUAUGGUGUACUGGCAUGCCCUCGAUACUCCAGAAACAAAUACAGGUCAAGCCAUGUUUGCUCGAGGAAUAUCAGCAGUGUGUGAGAGCUUUAUAUGUGUGGGCGUUUCAACUGGUGCGAUUCUAGUAUUCGAUGUUCCCAGUAAGGGCAGUAAUAUUACCUUGGCUGAUGUCGUUGAGGGGCACAAAGAGUCCAUCACUGACAUGGCCUCUGAAUGCUGUGGUGGCGAGGUGUGCAUAGCGGAUCUUGUCAGUGCAGACGAUGGGGGAAACCUGUGUGUGUGGAAGGCCGGGGAGGAAUUUAGUUUACUCAACCAUAUCCCUGGCUUUGACAUUAGCUGCUCAUCUGUGAAGUUGUGGAAAGGCACAGUGGUGGCAGGUUACGGCACAGGCCAGAUUCGUCUGUAUGAAGCAGUGACGGGAAUACUGCAUGCUGAGGUCAACGCUCACGCUCGCUGGAUAUACUCACUGGACAUUGCUCCUUUUUCUGGGCUGCUGCUGUCUGCUGCUGAGGACUCCCUGGUCAGGGUGUGGCUCCUGUCAAUGAGGCCAGAGAGCCAGAGCGUGGAGAUUGCCCAUUUGCACAAUGAGUGUGUGACGGACACGCAAAUCUGUGGCGCCAAGUUCUGUGACAGCGAUGGUUAUGCCUUCGCAGUGACAGGCUACGACCUGAGUGAAAUUAUCCGUUACACCCAGUCGUAGGACUACGUAUAUGAAUUUAGUAUAUUGGAGUGUUUGUGGAAGGACAUCAUGAUGCAGAGAGAAGAGUCAAAAGAGCCCAUGCAUGUAGGUGUCCGGCUCUGCAAGGAAAAGGGUAGUUGAAAAAAUAUUUUUGGGGAGAAUUUGUAUUUUUAAGGCUUCUUUGUCUCUGUAUCUACAGGUUUUAAAGAAGAUUAGCAUAUUACGACAUUUUUCAGAAGUAGAAAGUAUAUGUCACAUGUCUACAUGUUUUCGAAUUUAGGUAUAACAUGUUAAACAUAACGUAUUUUAUAUGAAUUUAAAAUUCCUUCAAGCAUAAUUCAUCAAAGCUUCUGUCCCAGUCCUAAUUGUGCUCUCUGUGGGUCAUUUACUGUAUAUUGGGAAGGACAAUGACAGUGUGGCGCAAACAGAUUUAACUAAAGGACAGAUUGGGGUCACCCUAUUAGCAGUAUAGUUUGUGUCAGACUUCCAUGUAUUUUUACUUUUUAGUAUUUAUUGUUUUAACCAUGGUUUUCUUUAUAGCCAAAGCAAGUGGGAUUUUCCAAAUGUGUCUAUUUUGUAUUUGUUGCCCUUGCUUUCAAAAACCUAUUUUACCUAGAAAAUUGCUGGAAGCAGAAAGGUGUUUACAUUAAAAUCAAGUGCAGCCUACUCACUGCCAUUAUACUUCUUUUUCUUCACAGAAUUCCUGUCCAAAAGCAACAUACUGUACAUUUAGAAAUCGUUUUUAAGGGUUUAUGGAGACUGAAUAUGCCUUUUGUAGCAGUCGUGUGUUUCAUGUUGUGUUACUCGUUUCGGGUCCAAUCAGGUUCUUUAUUCACAUGCACAGCUUACAGCAGACAUAUCUGGCACUAUAACUCUAACUAAGUAACUAACUAAGUCCUCACAGUCCACCUCGGUGUGAACUCAAACUACUACUAUUACUUUGAGCGUUUGAUAUGGCAGUUAGAUAUCUAA